AUGAGGAUUCUUAAUCUUGCUUUGAUUGCCUUCUCUAUUCCGUUUGGGUUAGGGUUAGCUGAUAAUGAUACAAUUAAUGAAGUUACGAAUGAUACGGUUCAUAAUGAGGUAAACUUCUGUAAAAUGGAUAAGGGCCAGAUGAUUGGUUCUACCUGUGAUCUAACUUUCCAUAACAUCAAUGACAUAAAUGCCCAAAUAAGGGAUGAUUUGAAGAAACUUGUACAUACAGAUUUCUUCAGGUACUUUAAAUUGGACUUAUACACCCAUUGUCCAUUCUGGGACAAUAAUAAUGGAUUCUGUAUGAAUAGGGCAUGUGCAGUUGAUAUUGUUGAAGAUUGGAGCAGCCUUCCUGAGAUGUGGCAGCCAGAUGCCCUUGGAGGUUUAGAAGGGGAGCAGGUGCAGCCAAAGAUGGAGGAAGAUGAGAGUUGUGCCUUUUUGAAUUCCUUAUGUGGUGACAAAAAUCCAAAGGAGCCAAUUGAUAUAGAAUAUUGUGAUGUCAAGGAUUACGCCAAGGAAGGUUCCGUUCUUGUUGAUCUUACUGCCAACCCAGAGAGGUUUACUGGAUAUGGUGGUGAGCAGUCGGCGCAGAUAUGGUCUGCAAUCUAUAAGGAAAACUGCUUUACGCUUGGUGAAAGGGGGUUGUGUUUAGCUAAGGAUGUAUUUUAUCGGUUAAUUUCGGGUUUACAUGCGUCCAUUGCUACUCACUUGUCUAAUGAUUUCCUCAACACUACUACUGGAGAAUGGGGUCCAAACUUGGAUCUUUUCAUGGACAGGGUGGGUAACUUCCCAGAGCGUGUCGCUAACAUCUAUUUUAACUUUGCAGUUGUCGCAAAGGCCUUGUGGAAAAUUAGUCCUUACUUGCAUGAAGUAUCAAUUUGUACUUCUUACAACGAAGAUGUUAGAUCACGUAUUGACAACGUUGUCUCCAAACUUGAUAGCAGUAUUUUUAAUGAAGACUUAUUGUUCCAAGAUGAUAUAAGUUCCGUGAUGAAGCACGAUUUUAGAACACGUUUUAAAAACGUCACCAGGAUUAUGGACUGUGUGCACUGUGACAGAUGCAGAAUGUGGGGUAAAGUACAGACUACGGGUUAUGCUACCGGUUUGAAGAUUCUAUUCGAGCUUGACAACGAAGACGAAGAGAGUAGGAAGCAUAUUCUCGACAAAAUCACAAAGUAUGAGUUAAUAGCAUUGCUCAACACCUUUGACAGAGUUUCCAAGUCUGUCGAAUCCAUUGCGAACUUUGAACGUAUGUACAACGAACGUGCACGGGCUUCUUCUGGUAAGUUAGCAUCGUUCUUCCAGCUAAACAAUUUCUUCAAAAUACUCAGCAAGGCAAGGAAAGAUAUCAACGAUACUUUUGCUUCUGCCGAGGAAUCGGAGGAAGAUAUAGAAACCGUAACGAGCACGGUAACCAAGUUUGACGACCUUAUAAUGCCCGAAAAAAAGCAGAAGUCGCCCUCAAACAAACCAGAAGGUAGGUGGGAAUCAGCUUGGAAUACUGAAAUCGAUAACGUUAAGCAAGCCUUGAAUUUCAUCUGGCGCAGCUAUGUGGGCCUACCGGGCAAUUCAAUGAGGCUUCUAAUCGGGUAUUUUGGAAAAUGGUUUAAUAGAUUUAUUGGUGUUAAUGACUACGUUAAAGGUACAGACGACCCAGCAGACUACGCGGUUAGCAUUUAA